CCGAAAGCGUGGGGUGUCUCGAGGUUGCCGGCUGCCGGCGCUCAAGAGCGCGGGGGUUUGUGGCCUGCGUUCGGCCGGCUCCAGUCGCUCACUCCCCGAGGCAGGCAGCGAGGCGCCGCGACCGUCUCCCCGCGCCCCGGGCAGUGUGGCCAUGGAGAAUCAGGUGCUGACGCCGCACGUCUACUGGGCUCAGCGACACCGCGAGCUGUAUCUGCGCGUGGAGCUGAGUGACGUGCAGAAUCCUGCCAUCAGCAUCACUGAAAAUGUGCUGCAUUUCAAAGCUCAGGGACACGGCGCCAAAGGAGACAACGUGUAUGAAUUUCACUUGGAGUUCUUAGACCUUGUGAAACCAGAGCCGGUUUACAAACUGACCCAGAGGCAGGUAAACAUCACAGUACAGAAGAAGGUGAGUCAGUGGUGGGAGAGACUCACUAAGCAGGAGAAGCGCCCACUCUUUUUGGCUCCUGACUUUGAUCGCUGGCUGGAUGAGUCUGAUGCAGAAAUGGAGCUCAGAGCCAAGGAAGAAGAACGCCUAAAUAAACUAAGAAUUGAAAGCCAAGGCUCCCCUGAAACUCUUACAAGCUUGAAGAAAGGAUACCUGUUCAUGUAUAACCUCGUGCAGUUCUUGGGAUUCUCCUGGAUCUUUGUCAACAUGACCGUGCGGUUCUUUAUUUUGGGAAAAGAGUCCUUCUAUGACACAUUCCAUACCUUGGCCGACAUGAUGUAUUUCUGCCAGAUGCUGUCAGUUGUGGAAACUAUCAAUGCAGCAAUUGGCGUCACUAAGUCACCAGUGAUCCCUUGUCUUAUCCAGCUUCUUGGAAGAAAUUUCAUUUUGUUUAUCAUCUUUGGCACCAUGGAAGAAAUGCAAAACAAAGCUGUGGUUUUCUUUGUGUUUUAUUCGUGGAGUGCAGUUGAAGUUUUCAGGUACCCCUUCUACAUGCUUUCCUGCAUUGACAUGGAUUGGAAGGUGCUCACAUGGCUUCGUUACACUGUGUGGAUCCCCUUGUAUCCUCUGGGAUGUUUGGCAGAAGCUGUCUCAGUGAUCCAGUCAAUUCCAGUAUUCAACGAAACAGGAAGGUUCAGUUUCACAUUGCCAUAUCCGGUGAAAAUCAAAGUUAGAUUUUCCUUUUUUCUUCAGAUUUAUCUUAUAAUAUUAUUUUUAGGGUUGUACAUAAAUUUCCGUCACCUUUACAAACAGCGCAGGCGGUGCUUUGGACAAAAAAAGAAAAAGAUCCACUGAAAAGAGAGAUUUAGAUGAUUUCUUGCCAGGUUGAGCCUAAUCUAUACUUCUUACAGUUUUACCUUCUUGUACUGAUGUAAAAGUUUUUUUAAAGUUAAAUGAUUAAAUUCUCAGUGAGGCUAUAUAUAUAUUACCCUUUUCUCCAGUAACAUUCCUGAAUAUCUGUAUUAUCUUAGUGUAAUACUUGCAUGACAUGGAUUCCUGAUACCUGAUGACAGGUUUGUUCUUGUGUGUGCCAUUAAUGACAGCAAAAGACUCACUCAGCCCUACCCCCAUGUACUCCUUGUCCUGUCGCUCUCACAUGGGCCAGAGAUCUUUCUUCAGUGACCUAACCCUACCAGGUACUGGCCAUUCUCAUAGCUGGGAUUUGUUCAUUUCAGUGGUUGCUUGUGAUAAAAACAAGCACUGUUGCCUGUGAAAGUGAUUCAGGCACGACCUUACACAUUCUGUACCCAAGAGGUGACUUGUGAAGUGGGGUGGCCUUGAUUUUUUUUGAAAAUCAAGUUUGACUUAGGCACUGAUAAAACAUUUCUGAGUCUGAGUGGGGCCAGAGAACACAGAUUACUUCUGAUCAUCUUUUGGCUUCUAACACCACCUGAUAGGAUAGGGCUUACCUGUGUGCACACUGAGGAGGCACAGAAUGGGGAGAAACCAGUCAGAACCUUGGAACACCAUGAUCACCUACUUCAUUCCGAGCUAAGUCAGAACUAUUUUCAACACUAAAGAUGGAACAUUAGUUUAGAAAACCGUGAGAUUCUAAGAGUUCCAAACCCAAGUGGGCUACAGGGUGUCCAAAGGGUCCACCUGGUAGGUAGUAACAGCUGCUGGCAGUGUAGCCUGUAGCAACCUGGGAGCGGAUGAAACACACCUACAAGACAGUUGUGAAACAGCUUUCUUCCUUCCUCUGCCUUGGCUGAGUCCAUUUACUUGUAUACCUGUCAGAGUGACGGGCGGAACGGACCGCAAAAGCACCUGCCUUUGUUCUGUUGUUUCACUCAUCUGCUCUCAGAGAGUGAAAACAGAGUAAGAACUCUGGUGGAGUUAACUCUGGAGCUUAACAAAGCUUCCUGGUGGGAAACCCACCAACAGAGAAACUGAGAGAAAGGUCAACAUUGUAAAGUUUGGCCAUUGUCAAAAACAUCGUUUGUUCUACUACAUUCCAAGUAAAAUAUGUGUUAGAAGUGAUGCUUGUAUAAAAGAAUUUAAGAGCACGAGAGCUUUCUGUUCUGCUAUUCCUAUUGUCCUUGGGGGAAAGGAGACUCCGUGAGUUGUGCUCUUUCUCUGGGCCCGACAUGGGAACGUGGGUUUGACCUAAAAACAUCUGACUAGCACAGGUUGGCUGGUUGGGUUUUUUUUUUUUUUUUGCGAGUUCAUUGCACUGACGGGUAUUUUGCAUGUCUGUAACUUCUGUCAACAUUUGUUUGUGUUAACUUCUGAUGUUCUUUCAACUGACUUUGUUUACUUGGCCAGAUCAGCUUUGCAGCACAUGCUGCAUCUUUGUGGCAGAGUCCUGUACUCUUAGUGGUUGUUCUAAACUUCUUUAUUGCUGUCUGAGAAAGCAAAAGAUUGUGUAUUUCUAUUAAACAUUUACAAUCAAAAUCCUAA